AGUAGAUUAUAGUGUAUAUAUUCUGUUCUUAUCUACAAUGACUAAGGCAGAGUCAGAUCCUCAUGUUUCUUCGAGUAAGAGGUCUGUGAGUAGUACGGCGACUGCUGCGGAUGUGGCGCCCCUGACUAAACUCUAUGACCUGCAAAAAAAGAGGCAGCUAGUUAGAGGUAAUCGUCGUAUGGCCCCCACUGCUUCGUACUACCCAGCUAGUGAGUAUGGCCGGGGUAGCAGCUGCAGUGUUAUGGGUUACCCUCAAAGCAUGACCCCACAGGGCUCGGCUGUCACCUCUUCACGUUCCUCUUAUGCUCCUGUUCUAACCCCGAGCCCGACAUCUCGGUCCGAGCUGCCCAAUAUGUACUCUCCUCCUGCAUACCCUGGGCCAGUCGUGCUCCCCAGGGUUGGAGUUCCCUUGCCACCACCUGAGAUCUCUGGGAGAUAUUAUUAUAGUCGUGGAGAGGAGUUCGUCGCUACCCCACCACCACUAUGUGUGAAGUCCUCCUCCUCGUCCUCCUCCCCCUUCCUCAAGUCGGUAUCAGUACCCUUACUGGACCUUGGCCCGGCUGGGGAUGAAAUCUUCGAUGAGCCUACGCCGGCUCGAGUCCGGCAGAGCGUUGGGCAUAAGUGUUUAUCACGUCGUCGGGAGUGGUGAAUACCACAGUUGAUGGUGUUAUUCUUUCUACCCGUAUUCACGCUCAUUAUUGAUCUCUCCUCAGCUGCUGCAUGUACCGAAUGGGUCAUCAGCUUGCUGUAGUUGUCGUUGUUGUUCCUAAUAGUGCAAGUGUAUUAUUGUGUUCGUGGUCAGUGCUAAUAUAUUUUUCUGCUAAGUAUAGACUAUCUUCACCUGAAGUGCUAUCUUUUUUUUCUCACCUCUGUACUCAGGCGU